GCUUGGAGAGCGCAUACAUGGCUUGUGUGACAGCGACGGCACACAGAAGCAGCAAUGAAAUGCAGUUAGCAAUACAGCUGGGAGACAGGCAGCGAGGCAGGCACCGGUCCAGUGACUAAAAUGAUCCUACCGUGAGCCAGCCUGCAGUGCCUCCAAAAGUGGCUGACUACUACACAGGAGCUCGGCUUUCUUUGCAAUACUCCAGUUGCCUCCGUGUGACUGCAGUGUGUGCUCUGUUUUGUUUUUGCUUGCCUUUUUGUUGCUUCCCCCCCUCCCCACCCGUCUCCCUCUCUCUCCUCCCGUGUCCUUCUCUCCAGGAUGGCGGAAGCGGAGUUGCACAAGGAAAGGCUCCAAGCUAUAGCAGAGAAAAGGAAAAGGCAGACAGAAAUAGAAGGCAAGAGACAACAGCUUGAGGACCAGAUACUUCAGCUGCAGCAUUUCAAGUCAAAAGCUCUUCGGGAAAAAUGGCUGCUACAGGGAAUUUCUGCUGGCUCUGCAGAAGAGGAAGAAGCCAGAAGGAGGCAGUCAGAGGAGGAUGAGCUGAAGGUGAAAAAGCUGGAGGAAAACAUACACAGGCUGGAACAAGAAAUACAGAAAUUAGAAAGUGAGGAAUCCCAAAUAUCUGCCAAAGAACAAAUAAUUCUGGAGAAACUAAAGGAGACUGAGAAAUCCUUCGACAAUUUGCAAAAGAGUUUCUCACUCCAGGAUGGUGAUGCAGUAAAUUACAUUUACUCCCAGAUCCCUGAACUCCCAACCCUCUAUUCACGAUCAGCAGACCCUGUUCCUGGGCGGGACGGAGCAAGCAGAGUAGCUGCUUUGUGCACCAUGGAAAUUAAUGUGGAGAAAGACAAACAGACAGGAGAGACCAAGAUUGUCUCUGCUUCACCUGUUGGCCCAGAUGAGGCCCAUCAAAGAGGAUUCAAAGUCUAUGAUGCUGGUACCAAGGUAGUCUAUGAGGUUCACUCUGGUGGCACAGUGGUAGAAAAUGGAGUACAUAAAUUAAGCUCAAAGGACGUAGAUGAACUUAUGCAAAAAGCUGGACAAUCAAGUGUAAAAGGAGGGUAUGAAACAAUGACUGUGUCAGACAGAAAUACGGUAGCCGAUGGAAACCUUAGCCAUAUGAAGGAGCAAAUGCUCUUCAAGGAGGCAAAGCUGGAAAUGGUACACAAACCCAGCAAAGGGCAUGCUGUGAACCCUCAGUCCCAAGACAAACCCGGCGGUGGCGAAGCCCCGGAGGCAAGCACAGAUCAGCCGGUGACAAUGAUAUUUAUGGGCUACCAGAACAUCGACGACGAAGAGGAGACGAAGAAAGUACUAGGCUACGAUGAGACCAUCAAGGCAGAGCUGGUCCUGAUCGACGAAGAUGACGAGAAGUCGUUGCGGGAGAAGACAGUGACAGAUGUCUCCACCAUGGACGGGAAUGCCGCUGAGCUGGUCUCUGGCAGGCCCCUGUCAGACACGACAGAGCCCUCCUCUCCUGAGGGGAAGGAAGAGAGCCUGCCCUUGGAAGCCGCCCCAGGUACACAAAAGAAAAAGCGCUGUCAAUGCUGUAUUGUCAUGUGA